AUUCGUUUGUUUUAUUGUUUUAAUGGCUUAAAUCCAUUGUGAUUAUUGUAAAUGAGCAUUCAGUCAGGUUAGUGUUGCUAUCCAUCGACCGGCAGUGCUGGUAGCAUUCAAAGAGCAUUGUUUGUGUUUUACUGCGAUGCUGCCUUCAAACGUGGUUCAAGAGUAUAAGGAUUCUCUGAAGACAAAGGCUGAGCAACUUCUUCUCAAGGGAUUCCCUGAGAAAAUUGUUAAGCUCAAUGAAAUCCUUCAGAGCCCAAACUUCUGCAACCGAAAUUUGACGGAGUUCCAUCAACCGCUCAACGUACCCAUUCCAGACCCAAUCGCUAUCAAUCAUUCCAAAGAUGGAGCCAGACAUAAGCGGAUUCAUCUAGAAACGGAGAAUAGUGCAGAUCAUGCGUCGGGUACGCCAGUCCUCGCUUUGCUCACUGGACCAGUACCUUGCAACAAGCCACUUUGUGACAUGAUUUGCAUUGUCAAACCAUAUAUUAUUCAACUACUAGAAGACUCCAAUUUGUUGAAGAUGUGGAUUUCUUUCAUGAUCCCCAAAAUCGAAGAUGGUAACAAUUUCGGUGUCUCAGUCCAGGAGGACACUCUAGCUGAAAUUCAGUCAGUCGAGAGUGAGGCUGCUACAUUCUUCGAUCAAAUCUCCAGGUACUUCAUGUCGAGAGCACAGGUCGUCUGCAAAGUUGCUAAAUACCCCCACAUCCUGGACUACAGACGAGCAGUCCAGGAGAUGGAUGAGAAGGAAUAUACCAGUCUGUGGUUAAUGUUGAGUGAAGUACGCAACCGUUACUGCUCCCUGCACGAUUUGGUCAUCAAAAAUAUCGAAAAAAUUAAACGACCCCGUUCGUCCAACGCUGAAUCUCUAUACUAACAAUCUCCCUCAAUGGUUUACCCAGCUAUUGAUGUGGGAAUAACGGCGAUGACUUAUCGAACUCCAGAGGCAUCUACCAGACCUUCAUAUGACACUGAAUGCUGUUAAAAGACUCGAACGUUCCAAUCUUGUAAAAACAUCUUUGAAUAACCUUCAUUCUUAUCUGAAUUUUCGUUUUAAUGAAUUAAAACCAUCUUAUUUAUUAUGUGUAAUCUACAAUUGCUCUGUUAAGAAUCAAGUCCCCACCGCUUUAUCUGGGAACGUAUUCAGUCUCUCUUACUUUUACCGGAGUAAACCACAAUACAGAUUCAAUUGUCAGCCCUCCAGACUGUUGUAUAGGUAUUGAAAUAAGGCAAUCAAUGUAUUGAAAUUAAAUAACAGUUGUAGCUCCAUCGAAUUUUGAAUAAAACAUUCAUUUAAGGUUUUCGGUACUACAAAAA